UCAGCGGCAGUGUGGCGGUGGGGGCAGGGAGACCGAUCGCCACCUCCACACCCCCCACCCACCUCGGUUUGCGUUGAACGUCCCAUUACCGGAGGUGACAGGCAAGCAUGAAUUAUUUGGUAAUGAGCAGACGCUCCCUGGACGGACCGACUCUCCCGUUUGUCAGGCUGGAAGCGGCGGCUGCGUUCGCGGGAAACCACCCGGCGCCCCCCUCCGCGGCUCUUCACAGCCGCUGUGUCUUUCGCCGCUUUUGCACAGUCAUGUGAUUUGUAACGUAACCCGACCGGAAAACACCGACGACGACCAUCGCCGCCGCCAAUGCUGCGUUCGCAAGGAGCAGAGCAGCUGCGAAGCCCAACGGACAAGUCCCCGGUACCCAGCAACAACGCGUCAAACUCCGCGGAUUAGGACGCCGAGCGGAACGGUUAAAGAAUGGAGUUGGCCAACCAUGGUCUUAUCCUCCUGCAGCAGCUUAACGCUCAGAGGGAGUUUGGCUUCCUGUGUGACUGCACUGUGGCCAUAGGAGAUGUCUUCUUCAAAGCCCACAAGGCCGUACUCGCUGCUUUCUCCAACUACUUCAGAAUGCUCUUCAUCCACCAGGACAGUGACUGUGUUCGCCUGAAGGCUGCCGACAUUCAGCCAGAUAUCUUCAGCUACCUCCUCAACCUGAUGUACACAGGCAAACUUGCGCCCCAGUUGAUCGAUCCUGCACGGCUGGAGCAGGGGGUCAAAUUCCUGCAUGCCUACCCCCUCUUGCAGGAGGCCAGCCAGUCUGUGUACUCACACCCAGAGCACAGCUUAAGCCUCUCCACUUCGCUCUAUGGAAUCCAGAUCUCUGACCAGCAGGUGGCGCUGUCUGAUAGAGUGCCCAGCAGACGCCAGCUCUCAUCGCCCUUUGAUCAAGAACAGCUCACGCCAGAGGGAAAGUAUCCGUCCACAGCAGCCAUUGCAGCAGAGUUCACUAAUUCAUCCAUGUCCAAGCUCACUGCCUCACCUGCAGAGGCGGAAGCCUCCACCAGUGGUUGUCAGCCAGCGACCGAGGAGUCGAGGACUGACUUGCUAACUGGGGAGGGUUCCUCAGUGAGCACCAUCCUCCAUGUGAAGCCCAGCAUUAUGAAGAGAAAUGCCUCCUUCAGGAAGCAUUACUCCUGCCAUCUGUGCAGGAGCCGCUUCAACCAGAGGAGCUUGCUGAGAGAACACCUCCUCCAGCACACCCAGGCCUUACAGCAGACCUUGUCUGAGCCAAGCUACGCCCUCUCCCCCAUCCCGCCCGCAGAACAUGCUACACCGGAGGUAGAGGAUGUCUUGAGGGAAAGCAGGAGCGGGUCCAGUCACUCGGCAGUAAUUGAGAUCAUCAGUGACAGUGAGCAAACUCACGUCUCUGGCGCCAACUUGGACUCUCCCCGUGCAGAGGUUAACACUUCUAUUUGGGGUGCGGGGGGGUCCCAGUCCCAGGCAGACACCCCUCCGCCGUCAGACAUCGCCGAUAUUGAUAACCUGGAGAGUGCCGACUUGGACCGGGAAGUGAAACGGCGAAAGUACGAGUGUUCCACAUGCGGACGCAAGUUCAUCCAGAAGAGCCACUGGCGGGAACACAUGUACAUCCACACCGGCAAGCCCUACAAAUGCAGCGCUUGUGGCAAGAGCUUCUGCCGUGCCAACCAGGUGGCCCGCCACGUGUGUCUGAACCAGGGCGCCGACACUUACACCAUGGUGGACCGGCAGAGCAUGGAACUCUGCGCUGCAGGAGACGACAGCAGCCAAAUGGAGGCGCUGUUCUUGGGCUCCGCAAGGCCCUACAAGUGUAACAUUUGUAAGACUACCUUCUCCAGUCCCAACGAGGUGAUCAAGCAUUUAUGCUUUAGCCAGGGGGCAUUAGCUGGGCUGCCGGGGGCAGGCUUGUUCAGGCAGGAAGAGUUUCCCAGAGAUGAAGGCUCUGAUUUAUCCAAAACUGGCACCGUGCUCACGCCCAUUAAGACUGAAGAGAUCCUCGUAGAAUAGUGUUUAAGCCUUUUGUCCUCCAUAGCUACGUUUUAUUUACUAAAUUAUGGUUAGUACAUCAGCUAAAGUUGAAGGUAUUCAGGGCAUGUAUGUUGGAGGUUCUCUAUAUCUACCCUAAAGCGGAUCGAUAUUUUGGAACUCGUUAGUCUCAUAUGACUGUGACAAGAAAAUAUGGUAAAUAAAUCAAAAACUAUUGGGACUUUUUAGGGGGGGGUGCUAUUAAUCCUUAUUCACAUAAAGAAUAAAAUGUAAUUUGGCACAAAGUAAAGUUGAAUAGGAACUAGAGAGUAGAGGUGACUGUCUUAUCAUCUCAUCACUUCCUCUGUGGUGUUUUACAUCGAUAUCAGAUGCACGAAUUGGGCUGUGGCAGAUUGGCAUGUGGAGAUCUUUUAAAAGUUACUGUUAACUGUGGCGGAGCUGCACAGGCAGACAUUCGGGAGGAGAGGAAGAGGACGCCGACACGGUUGCAGAGGAUGCAGCACUGCCUGUUGAUCCCAGAGGUGAAUGAGAGAGACGCAGACGUUGGCCCUGCGGUCGCGGGGGUUCGGCCGUCGCCUUGCAGGUUUGUGUGUCGAAGGUCAGUAACAAGCAAAUGAUCCUCUUGAGCCAGCUGACAGAUCUGACUCCAACUAAAGGCCCGCCGUCCAUUCAACCCCAUCACGCCCUCUCUUCAGAGGAAAUCGUCUAUGUAGGAGAUUACCUGUGUCUACCAAAUGGUAUUGGGAUGAAGUGGUAGCCUAGAAGAAAGGGUACCAUGAAAUGUUGGGAUUUCCACAGCCAUUAUUUUUGGGCAGUUCUCCGCAAUAGAACUCUCUAACUUUGUCCAUGUUAAUUGUGCCAAGUGUGAGUAUGGCAGCCCUCUGAUAACAUCAUGUUCCAACGUAAUUGCCGGCUGAAAUGGAUGUUUGGCCAUCGCAUAGAUCGAGUCACAAGCGAAACCUUAAAUAAGAGUGGACGUUGUUGUCUUGUCGUGUUUACAGUUGUGCCACUUCAGUACAUUUUAAUACUGCUGUUCAAUAUUUGAAGAAAUACCAUGUUGAUGCAUACACACACAUACCUUGAAGGGGGAGCUCAGUCCUGCACAAUGUUGUUCUACUUGCCAUUUGAUUUAUUUGCUUGAAUGGGUUUUCAGAAGCCUUUAAUUUGUCUGUUAAUAAGCCUUUAUGAUUUUAUAUACAGUGCUGCAUUUACAAAGAAAACGUCACAUUGCAAAGGUUGUAUAUUUGGUAGCCAGAUAGCUUUUGAUAUAGCCAUGGAUUUAUUUGGUAUAGUCAAAGUUCAUGUGAAGGGAUGGGCAUGAUAGGUAGACCUAAAUUCUAUGAUGCGUUUCAGUUUUUAACCAACCAACUACAUUACAGCUCUCCAAUAAUCCAAUCUGUGGAUUAAUUCAGGCUUUUCUGUUUUCUCCAACAUCAAGUUGUAUUCAAGACUAAUCUGUGUUGUUUUAGUGUUUCCCAAAUGAGGCAAAUAAUGGUUUUGCAGUAUAUACAUCCUUAAGAGUUAAGCUGGAAUUGUUCAAUGUAAAGUCUGGAGAGGCAAACAAUUGUUUGUUUGUUUGUUGUUUUCCUGCCAGUUGGUGCAGAGGUCAGAGGAAACGUUGUGACACAGGGGAAACGCUGCCAACCUUAUCAGGAUACAGUGGUGAGAUGCCCAACUGUGUCAUGUUAGUGUUUUUUACCUUUUCAUGUUUCAGUGUUUUUCAUGCCGUAAAAUCUGAAAUCUGACCAUCUCUCUGGAUUGAGAGCUGCCUACCAAGAGAAGAGUCCAAGCAAGAAAAAAUACUUUGGGGAAGUCAGGGCAGUUGUCCCAUUUGACUGAUGAUUGAAAAAUUGAUAUGAAGUAUUUUCAUAUACAUCCCCAGUACAUGAGAAACCGUUUCAGUUGUUGAAUGUGCAUAUACAUACACGCACACACACACACAAACGCAUACAUAUGUAU